AAGGUUGUUUAAAAUGAGAAUAAUUGCGUGUGAAAUGAAUUUAAUUAAACGCCGUUGAUUUAUCGCUAUUUAGUCAACGUUACGGCAACGUUACGGCAUUACGUUUUACCAAAACUAUCGCACUAACUAAUACUGGUUGUUCGUAAUGACAGUCGCUUGUAACUACAAGGGUUUUAAUUGUUUCGAGCAAAGAAUUACAAGAUAGUCGUAUUGGUGUGUUAUGUUAAAGGCUAACGAGUUAUAUUAGAGGAGCAUACAAGCCUUGAGGGUUUUAUUUCGUGUACGUAGAAUUCACCAAAGGAUAGAAAUUCACAUGCUCCUUUAAACUAGAAUUUAUACGACAAGAAAUGUGACAAAGUUCAUGAUUUCGACAGUGAUUUCAUGAUUAUAAAUCUGAACAGAGUGUUAAUUAAUGCAAAUAUUAAUUUACAAAUUGAUAUUUUAAAACGGGGGAAUAUUUAUUGGACAAUAAUUGAUCAUUAGAAUAGAAAACCGCAAACUGGGUUUUUAUUAAGUUGGAGUAUUAAAUAACUGUCAGUUACAACGCUUUUUGUAGAACUUUGAGCUCAGCGAUGGAUUAAUGUUAAAAGAAUGGGUACAACAUUUCUUUGAAGAUCUGUAGAUCAUUGCAACAUAUUUGCAACACUAGUUAAGUAGGGUGUUUGAAACAACAAGCAUGUCCAAGUUUCGUGAGAGCUCCACAGAUAAGGCGCCCCCCGCAGGCGGACUACCGGAGCCGGACCAGAAGCGGAAGUGGGUGAACCUGGCCCAGCUGGACGGUCCCCUUGACGACGCCCUUGCUGACCGGCUCGCAUAUAAGCCGGCCUUACGAUUCCACGGCCUAACUGGCGGCUUGUGGGGCCAGGGAAUAUCCGGCGCUCCGUCCAUCCUGUCCGAACGCCCACCGAGUUACAACGCCGUUGAUCCCCUAUCCCCCCGUGACGCGUAUAGCACUAGCGACCAGGGAUCCGUCUUCAAUAGCAUUCCGGCCAUCUCGCGCCUCAAGCUCCGCAGGAGAAACACACUGGCUGUCGUUGUUGUCGCAAUCGGUCUCCUGGCGGCAGUUGCCGCCAUAUCCGGUCUUGUUCUACAUUUUCUGCAUCCAAAAGAGAUGUUGCGGGCGAAUGUCCGAUUCACGAUCGCUAACCGCAACUUUUCCGAGAACAUGUCCAACCAUUCCUCAGUAGACUUCAACAACAUACAGCGACCCUUGUGUCAUGAGAUGGACCGGUAUUUUUUGACGAGUGAGUUAGCUGACCACUAUCUCGGAUGUCGAGUCAUAACAAUAAGAGACGACGAGAGUAUUUCCGGUAUAGCGGUGCAUCAGGUACUCGAUUUCCAUGAUAAUGACGUCACACACGACGGUGGACGCAUCAAGGAUAUAAUUCUGCGCAAGUCUGGGCGAAUGAAGACCAACGACACGCUAUAUUUAGUGAUCGGGGACUUUAAUGUGUACCUAAGAAGUCUUAAAGUAGACCUAGAAACACUCCCAUAUCCGGAAGUCCCGAGGAAAUCCCGUCCCAGAAUACCAUGGGACGGGGAAGUUGACUUCAUUGACCGUUUGAUGAAAUCCACGCAUUUUGAAGACAUUGAAGGAAUGAAGCAAAUUCUACAACAUCUGGUGGGAUCUAUGUCCGACAUGACGGCGAAAAUUGAUACCAUGCAAAAUGCAAUAGAUUUUAUGAACAAGACGUUUCAUGCAACACAUCAGCCAUUGUACAGGUUUGAAGAAACGCUUGAAAAUAUGACACUGUCAAUGGGAAACUUAAAUAAUAAUCUACGAGAAAUAAAUAGAACCUUGGCCCAAUUCAAACGUUUCCUGAAACAAUUUGAUAACACAGUGUUCAGUAUUGAUGAUGUUAUACUUCACAUUGAUGAGUCGCUAACGAACCUUGGACAAGCGGCCAAUUUUGUUGAAUAUUCGCUGUAUGAUUUGAACGAAACUUCCAGCAGCGUGAAUGGUGAUAUGAUUGAUGAUGUAGCUUUGAAGUAUGUGCAUAAGAGUGUAUUAGAUGUAGACUACACAUCAAGGUACUCUAAUGAAACUUUGGAAAGUAUGCAAGAAACGCUCAGGAGUCUUGAAAACGCUGUUCUGAAACUUAAUUCUAGAGUGGAUAGCGUCAUUGGUGAUUCGGAUAUUUUACGAGUUUCUUUGAGAAAUAUUAAUCAAACAGUUGUUAAUACACACAACAAACUCUUAAGUUUAUACAACCAGCUUGAACACUUCAAUGACUCUAUAGGAAACAUAUCUAAAACUGCUAAGAAGCUUAAUGAGACGUACACAAAUAUCAACAAGACGCUUCAUCAGAUGAAUGAGCCAUACAUGCUCGUUGAUGGAACUGUACUGGAAGUUAUUCAUCAAUUGUCACAGAUAGAUAACAACAUUUUUAAUUUAUCUGACAGUUUGAUGGGUUUGAAAGUGAAUAUGAGUGGUAUGAACGAAACUCUUUUAGAUUCUAUGAAAUGGAUAAAUGGAAUGGUCAGUACUUUAAAGAAAUUCGAUUUGCACUUCCAAAAUGAUAGAGAUGGAAUAACUGUCAGUCUAAAAAACAAAGACAUUCUUGAAACGAUUGGUAUGCUGUUAGAAAUGAAUGGUACACUGAGUAACAUUGGGGAAGAUGUUGAUGAAAUCAAUGAUGAACUUGACAGGGCUUCGCUGAAGCUUGACAUGUUUGGACAAAAGCUUAGUGCACUCGACAGAACAUUAGAUAACAUAGAUGUUGCUUUUCAAAUGGUAACUUCUACUGUUGAGGCAGUAAAUGCAACUGUUCAAGACACGGCCAAUUCAUUGAAUUCAUUGAAUGAUACAACGUUCACACUACGUGACAAACUGAAUAAUACAGACAUCGCAUUUGGCCACGUAAAUGACACUCUGAACACAGUAGGUAGUAUAGUAACAUCGGUAAAUGAAACACUAUCUGCGAUACGAGAUGAUCUGAAAACAGUGAAUAAUACACUAGCUGAUCUUUCGGAUACGAAAGUCUCGGUUCAACAGUCUUCAAAAAAGCUGUUUGAAAGUCUUGACACAGUUCAGGGCUCAACUAUGGAAAUCAAUCAACAACUGCACAAUGCAAAUGAAACUCUGAGAGUCAUUCAAAGUAAAGCUGAUAUUGUAGGCGAGUCCUUCAAUAUAAUCAACGGAACAUUGAAAAGAAUAAAUGACACGGUUUUUGAUAUGGAGUUUCAAUUAAAUAAAACGGAGAAGUUAAUGACACAAACAAAUUAUACGCUAGAAGCAGCAAAUGUUACGCUGGAGGUGGUAAAUGACACUUACGGCAGAAUGAACAGUUCACUCCAUCAGUUGACAAAAUCGUUCAACCACAUGACGGAGGAGUUUAAAGAAGUUGGAAAAGCCUUUCCAAAUAUGAUGUCGUCAAUAGCGAAAGCGCAAUCACAACUUACAAAAUUGCAAGAAGAAUUUGAAUUAACAGGAAACGCCCUGAUGAAUGGAACAUUAACAAGACGCUACCUGAAUACACGAUUCUCUGAUGUAAUGAGCUUAGUUAAAGACGUGAAGACAAAAGUAGGGUCUACCAAAAGCAUUUUGCAACAGCUACAAGAACGAUCGGAAGAAGCUGGUAAAGCUAUCAUGAACUUGAAAGAACAUGUUAAUAUAACAACCGAAAAAUAUAAUUUUGUCAAUGAUAAUGUUGUCUACAUAAACGCUACACAUGACAAACUUCUGAAUAAGUAUAAACAGUUGUCGGAUAAUAAGACGGAAACGUCCAUACGAUCAAUACAGCUCGCAUCAAAUAUAAGCGAUGUUACACAGGAAAUAAAAGUUGCUUUGGCUACUCUUGAUAAGUACCAAAAUUUGAACACAACACUUCCAUCAUUGAAUGAAGGAUACGUCGUGCUGAUUGAUGAAUUAAACAACAAGAACAUCACUUUUAACAAGUCUGCUAAGGAUUUCAACGAUGCAAAUGAUUUGCUUUGGAACACAAAUGGUCACCCUACAGGUAUAUAUACAGACAUAAGAGUUUUGAAGAACAAAACAAAGUUAGUAAAUGACACUAUGUUGGAUUUUGAAUCAGCUUUAGAUGAUCUUACUUUAUACAGUUCAUUAGCUGAAAGAAUGAAUGCAAAUAUUACUAAUUUGUUGGAUUCAACAACAUUUAUUCAAGAUAAGAUUGAUGUGAUCGAAACAACUGAGAACGAUGUAAAUAAAAAUAUUUCUUUCACGGAUAGGCACAUUAAUGCCACACGUAAAAAUAUCAGCAAACUAGUGCAGCAACUAUAUCGCGAGUUGAAUAAGAUCGAUACUUUGAAAAAUAGUUAUGGUGAUGUGAACGGUACAUUUGAUGAACCAAGCGUAUACGAAAACUUGAAAAAAACAAUUCAAGAUUUGAUAAAAGAACUAAGAAAUAAAUCAUCUGCUCUAGAGACGAAUGAUCUAUAUUUUCAAGAUUCUGUGAACACGUAUAAGCAUGUCAAUGAUACACAUCAUGACACAAUCUAUAACGUCGACGAUGAAACUAAGAAAAGUCUUAUCAACACCCUCUCAUCGAUGAAGGAUACAGCUUUUGUGGUCAACAAUAUUCAAACAAACAUAGACGGUAUUGUAUCGGAUACAGACCGGGUGAAAAACUCAUUUACAGAUAUAGUAAAUAAAGUUACUGAUUUACAAGAUUCACUUCAAUAUCAUAAAGAUAAAAACAACUUCAUUGAUGUAAAUAAACCUCAGUUGAAAGACAAGUUUAGCGGCAUUAUUGAAGAUAUGAAUUCAUCAAUCUCUAAGCACAAAUAUUUAAUUGAUGAAAUCCACAGACUUCGACAGUUAGCUGAGAGUCUUCAAAACGGAAUUAAUUUGCAUGAAAACGUUAAUAUGAGUGUGCAACCGGAACUUACACUGUUGUUUAAAACGGAAAAAGACCUUGAAAAUAUGAUUAACGAGAUUGGUAAAUUAAAGACAGAAAGUCAGGACCUACUUUUGGAACUUCUCAAUAUAGAUGAAGAAAACGUUACAUUGGACCAAAUAAAAGAACUAUAUAGACAAUAUAACAAAGCAUUAACUGUGCAUGAAACUGCUUUAGCGGAUGCAAAUACACUUACUUUAAGAAGUGAAGAAAUUCUGGAAGGGGUAGGGAAUGAAUUUAUUGAUAUGUCAGAGAAAUUAUAUCAGAUAAGCAAUGCAAGCGAAAGCUUAGCAAUUACUCGGAAAAGAACACCGCCUUUGUCUGACAAGCUUUCAAACGCUUCUCAUGAAUUGAACGACGCUAUAGAGAACAUACAAUGGCUCAAAGAUGAAUUCAAUAAAAUCAAACAAAACUAUACCAACUUUACAGCAACAGACAUUGAUCUAACAGACUCUUAUAUCAACGAUGCACUCAAAGAACAUGAAAACCUCCUUGCAUCUUUAAAAGACCAGUUGGAAAAUAAUAGUAUUUUAUUCGACAGAAAUGGAAAGAAAUUGAAUACUUUAGACAAAACGUUUAAUACCACCAACCUAGACAGAACUAACGUCUACAAUGUUAUUGUUCAGGAUCUACAUCCGAAAUUAACCCUUGUAAAUGAACAGUUUACAAAUAUCGAUAGACGCUUUGAAGAAAUACUCAAACGUUUAGAAAAAAUGGAUCUGACACUUAAAGGUGUGAACGAAACAAUACAUAUAACAAAUAAACAGCUAUUUAUUGAUCGACAGAAAAAGCUUCUUGCUGAUACCGUUUUUCCUGAUCUAAUUGAAGAUACAAACACAGCAAAUCGAUCGUUGCAAAACGUAGAAGACAUGCUUGAUGAAUCAAGACACAUGCUAGAGAGUGUUAUGGAUGUGUAUAACAAACUUCGAGACAGAAUGCAUGAUUUCCCUAACAUCAAUAUAUCUCUUGACGAGAUUGGACAGACUCUUGCUGCUUAUAACAAUUCUUUAAACAUAAUAUCUGACGAAUUGGAUGAAGACAACACUUUGUUGGAUGAAAUCUGGAAUCAAAUGUGGAUUAAUCAAUCUGAAAGAUAUAGUGAUAAAGAAAGUAUCCAAGACAUUAAAAAUAGAUAUGAUAAACUCCAUGCCAUGUUGCACGAGUUGAUUGAUGACAUUCAUAUCUCUGAAGGUGAAUUAGAAAAGGCUCACAAUGGGUCCAUGAGAAUGAACCAUCAAAUUAUCUAUCUGAAAGACACUCUUGAUGAUUUUGAAAAAACAAAGAAUCAGCUAAAUAGACUACUUGAGUCACUUUUACUGCUCGAAUCUGAGCAUCGUAUUGUCGACAGUGAAGAAAAGGAAGAAUAUUUUGAAAAGCAUUUUCCUGAAAACCAUUACCUAAAAGUAGGAAGAGAAAUUAAGGCAGUAAUUGAAAGGCAAAACAAACUAAAGGGAACCUAUAAUCGUGUAAAUAAAAGUUUCAACCGAAUGGCUAACGAGCUUACUGAACAUGAUAAUUUAGAAUUUGACAUUGUUCCGAUUGAUAUUGCCAUUAAAGACGUGGAAACGUCAAUUUUCCAAAAUGAAGAUGAAACAAAUGAUAUUUUCCAGCAAUACAAAUACUUAGAGUCAUCUCUGUUGACACCGGACGGUAAUACAGUGAGUGACGAGGAAAGCAUAGAUGAUAUGAAAACGAGAUACCAGAACACCAUUUCGAAACUUAAAGAACUUGAAAAACGUCUUAGAGAAAUGGUGCAUGAUUCAAUCAAACGGAAUAAAACACUCACAUCCAAUUCCAAUGACGUGGACUUAAUCGACAACGUUUUGGACCAGUAUACUGACCUGCAACAUGAAAUAGUUAACGGUUUGCAACAAAGAGUGUUAUCUAUAAACGGUUCCCUUUCGUUGGCCUCCGAGAUGAUACAGCGUUUACACCCGCAAAUGGACAUAACAACCGUCACAGCUGAGGAAGCGUUGCUUAAUACAGAUUUGCUUACUGAAAUAACGAGGAAACUUGAACAGGAUUUUGUAAGACAAGAAAAAGAAGAAUAUUUUGAAAACAAUUUUCCUGAAAACCAGUACCUAGAAGUGGGAAGAGAAAUACAUUCAAUUAUUGAAAGACAAAACAAACUUAAGGGGACCUUAAAUCGAGUAAAUGAAAGUUUUAACACAAUGACUGACGAGCUUGCAGAAUAUAAAAAUCUGAAUUUUGACAUUGAAUCCAUCGGCAUGUCAAAUAAAGACUUAAAAACAUCAAUGAUUCAAAAUGAAGCUGAAGCAAAUGAAAUUGAUCAGCAGUACAAAGAAUUAAAGUCAUCUCUGUUGGCACCGGACGGUUAUAAAUUGAGCGAUGAAGAAAACAUUGAUGAUAUGAAAACGAGAUACCAGGACACCAUUUCAAAGCUUAAACACCUUGAAAAACGCCUUAGAAAACUCAAGAGUGACUCAAUUAAACAGGAUGACACACUCUCGUCCAAUGCCAAUGAUGUCGACUUUAUCAAACAUGUGGUGGAUCAGUAUAAAGCUCUGAAAAAUGAUGUUAGUUUUCGCAUGUCAAGCAUGACAGAAUUUAGUGAUAAAAUAGAUGACGAACUUAUUGCAAAUUAUCACAGAAAUAAGUCUUUAAUAGCAUUGAAAGAAAAGAAAGCAGACUUACAAGAAGGAUUCCCAAUAACAUCUAGUUCUGUUAUUGACGAUUUGAAAACAAAUAAAUUUCUAAGUGCAACAGACGGCGGUUUCAUCAGCGAUAAUGAAACAAUAACGGCGAUGAAGAUGCGAUAUCAAAACGUACGUUCGGCAAUGAAAACGUUGAAAAAAGACCUCGAUGAAAUUGAAGAUACUCUUAGAGAGAGUAAGGAUAAACUUCAAGGAACGAAUUCCACCAUGAUUGAUAUUGACAACACAUUGGACAGAUUCGACCUCGUAAAAACUAUCACUGAUUCUUUGAAAGAGAAGGCAGACACAAACAAACUGUUUGUUAACAACUCCCUGGGUAUGUUUGAUGACAUGAAUGCGACGUUAACAGAAUUGGAACGAAAAGUGGACAAACUGUUUAGUAGAUUUACAAAUACAUCAAAUAUUGGCAUUGGACGGCUGCGUGAUGCAGCUGUAGAAUUACGUAACGGUAUGAGGCAAAACAUAACGUUUUUACAUAGCGUAUUAAACAACGCUGAUGACUUAGCAGCAGGAACUGACGAAUUAAUCUCAAAUUACUCAGCAUUUGUAUAUGGCGAACAUAAACAUACAAAUGAUAUCAAGUCAAAAUUGCAAAAGUUUAAAUCUGUUAAUGAAAGCGUGAGUAAAGAUCUUGUUCAGUCCAAUUCGUACAAGCCUACUAUUGAAGAUUCACAAACAAAUUUAAAUGCUGAUAUUGACAAGUUCCGUGAGACAAUUGAUAAACUUAGGCGAAUGCUAAUAGACCAAGAAAAAUAUGACUACUAUGAUAAAUAUUAUCCUGGUGUAUCUUACACUGAUAUAGGGAAGGAACUUCGAGAUGUUGAAUCAUUGAAUACCGAGCACAGUGACAACAUGCAAUUACUUACCAAGGAAACAGGAACGAUGUUGGAGAUCGUCGAAAACUCUACUUAUAUCGAUAUCAAUUUGGAUGAUUUGUUGGAAUUCAUCCAUGCGAUGGAGAACACGAGUCUUACUGUUACUAAGGCCUUGAAUGAUUCCAACGACAACUAUUUUAAUACGUCAUUGCUUAUGAAAGCUCCAGACGGAGAGCUGGUAAGCGAAAAUGAAACAAUACACGCAAUGAAAGAUAGGUAUAACAUGGCUUCGGCAAACAUCCGAGAAAUAAAUGACACACUGACCAAACAGAAACCGCUCCUCCAGGACAGUAUCGAACGAGCAGCGUCAUACGAUUUAUAUUUGAAAAAGAUACAGAAUGAAUCCAAUUUGCAUGAUCGCUUACGAAAUAAUGUGCGUGUCAUGGAAAACAAACUGGCCAAUAUAUCAACUAACUCUUAUAAUACAGAUAUAGGUUUGACAUCAACAAAUCUAAGUCUACAAAAUCUUAAAGAUCGUAUGAAAAGCAUUCGAGAUUUGUUUCAUGAUGUAAAUGACAGCGGUUUACACAACGAUGCAAAAAAUAUUGCAAAACAACUAGAAGAGUUAGAAAAUACUCAAAACGAAUUGGAAACAUAUCUUUAUCCUUUAUUUAACAACACAAUGCAGCAGAAGUUCGAAUAUGAGACGUUAAAGGACAUUUCCGAAAUUAACGUGACAUCACUAAAGUCACUUGCAUUGAAAAAUAAGUUAAUGGAUGAGAAAAUGUUUUCCAUAGAUGAACAGCUUACCGACAUAAACGCUCAAGUUACGAGUAAGAAUGACAAUUUAGCAAAACAAAAGGACACAUUGGAAGAAAUGAAUGAUACAGUAGAGAACCUCAAAGAACGUUUCCGACGACAGCAAAUAUAUGAAUAUAUCAAAGAAAACUUCCCCCAGGUCCUUCAAGAAUAUGAGCAUCUGAAUUAUUCGAUAGAUUUGCUGAAAAAACACAUCCCACUUUUAACAAAGUCUUACAAAGAGUUAAAUCGGACAAUGAAAAGUGUUUUGUCUAAAAUACACAAAUCGCCAUAUGUGUUUAUAGAUGUUGACAAUGUUGAAAAUAAUGUUCAGCUUCAUCACGAAAAAUUAGAUAAAACGAUAUCAAACAUUGAUAAUCUAAUGAAAAAGGUGGAAGAAAUGGAGGAUAGUUUAUCAAGUAAUGUACGUUCAAACGAAACUCUAAACGAUAUCAAAGCAAGAUUUCAAAGCUACGGAGGAAUUAUCGACGGUCUUGCUGACGAUAUCUCUCGAACUGACAAAAGUCUUGAACCACUCGCAAUGUUCUCCAAUAUAACCAACAAAGAAAUGCGUAAGUACAAAGACGCAUUAGAUAAAUACGCUGAACUAAUUGUCAAGAUGAAAGAGACGAACAUCACAAAGGAUGAAACAGCUGAAAACCUUGAUACAUUAAAUUCUGGAUACAAGGAGACCUCAGACUUAUUGACAUAUCUCUCCGAAAAUGUUACGUGGAUGCAUGAGCGUUUUAAACAUUUAAACAAUUCGUAUCUCCUUUCUCAGAUUAAAGACCUUGACCGUUUUGAAGACGUGUUGCUGACACUUAACGAUACGUAUGAUGACAAGGAUACUUUUAAAAGUGCCUUGGAAGAAGUUGAUGAUAGUCUCCUCAAUAUCACACUAGAGACUGAAAUGAUGCUUGACAGCGAUAAUUUCUAUCGCAAAAAUGCGUUCGAUCUGAUAGAUAAUCUAAACAGAUGA